AUGGCAGCUCAAGCUUUGAUUCCUGAGGAUGAGCUCAUCUGUUGUUCUGUAUGUUUUGAUAUUUUUAAAGAGCCUGUUGUCCUAAAAUGUAGCCACAGCUUCUGCAGAGUGUGCCUGGAGCAGUACUGGGAAGAGAAGAGCUCUCGAGAGUGUCCCAUCUGCAGGAGAGAGGCCUCUAUGGAGGAACCUCCUAUAAACCUGGCUUUAAGAAGCAUUGUGGAAUCCUACUUAAAGCAGAAGACUGACAGAGAAACUGCACACAAGAGUGAGGCUCGCUGUAGUCUUCAUGGGGAGAAACUUCUAUUAUUCUGCAAACAUGACAAAGAAACUCUCUGUGUCGUCUGCCAGACUUCAAAAAAACACACAAACCACCCAGUCUGUCCAGUGGAAGAGGCUGUACUGGAUCUUAAGGAGGAACUCAAGCCUGCACUUAAUCUCAUUAAAGAAAAACUGAAGAUCUUUACUAAGAAUGAACGAGAGUGUAAGAAAACCGCAGAACAUUUUCGGAGUCAAAUGCAGCACACAGAGGGGCAGAUAAAGGCAGACUUUGAAAAGCUGCACCAGUUCCUACGAGAGGAAGAGGCGGCCAGACUAGCUGUACUGAAGGAGGAAGGGGAGGUGAAGAGUCGGAUCAUGGAGGAGAAAUUGGCAGACAUCGCAAGACGCAUCUCCACCCUUACAGACAAAAUCACAACUAUAGAGAAGGCCAUGGACACUGAAGAUGCCUCCUUUUUAAAGAGCUACCAGAACAUCAAAGACAGAGCCCAGUGCACACUGCAGGACCCAGAGCUGCUCUCAGGGGCACUGAUAGAUGUGGCCAAACACCUGGGCAACCUGAAGUUCAGAGUCUGGGAGAAGAUGCUGGGGAUGGUGCAGUACACUCCUGUGAUGCUGGACCCCAACACUGCAAGUGCCUAUCUCUCUCUCUCUGAUGAUCUGACCUCUGUGAGACCCACAGAUACAGCGCAGAACUGUCCUGACAACCCAGAGAGGUUUUACCCCUGUGUGGACGUGCUGGGAUCUGAGGGGUUUACCUCAGGGAAGCACAGCUGGGAGGUGAAGGUUGGGAGUAAAACAGCCUGGACUAUAGGAGUGGUGAAAGAGUCCAUUAUUAGGAAGGGAAGUAUAACACUCAACACAGAGAAUGGAUUCUGGGUCUUUUCCCUGUGGAAUGGUGAUGAGUACCAAGCAGGAGGUACUGUGCUCACACUGGAGAGGAAACCCCAGAGCAUCAGAGUGCAGCUGGACUAUGACAGGGGGGAGGUGUCCUUCUUUGACUCCAGUGACAUGGCCCACAUUCACACUUUGGAAGACACGUUUACUGAGAGAUUGUUCCCAUACUUCUCUCCUCAUGUGAAAGAUGGUGGUUGGAAUGACGCCCCCCUGCAAAUAUGUCCAGGAAAGGUUUCUGUAACAGUGACAUCAUCCCAGUGAAGCAGUUUGCUAAAAAAAGAAAAGAAAAAUGAAGAAACAAGAGAUGUUGUACUUGUAAGGAAUUUGGGUUGUUUCAAACCCGCCUCAGCAUGCCUGGUUGUUGACAUGAAUUGUGAUUAAGGAGGGGUUUUCCAUGGCCUAUCAGAACCAAAUCGGAGCACACACACACAGACGUAUCGAAUUAAUUAUUUUGUGAGUUUAUUUCAUAUAAUGUUCUUGCACAAAA